AACCCCGACGCUGAACCAGUAGAGAGAGAGAAUGCCUCGUUCGCGAAUCCUUACCAGCACUUGCAACACAUUCUCUACCUUCUCAUUCUCCCCUUUCCCCUCUUGCUCCGCAUACCGUAACCUAACUCUGUCACAGCACCGCUCGAUCUUCUCCACGGUGCAGCUCCAGAGUUCAUGGAUGGACAGGAUCAAAGGGGUCUUCACCGGGCAGAAGACCAGCCCGGGAGAACCCCAGCUCAGCUCCGAAUCGUUCACGCUUCUCCGGUUUGCGGAUGAAUUGAAGAAUGCAAGAACGCUAAGGGCAUUCAAGCAAUAUACGGUGGGUCGAAAUAGUGAGGCGACAUAUUCUGAUGCUUUCGAGAAACAGCAAGCUAUAGUUCGAUAUCUUGGAAGCUUCGAUCCUACUGGAGAGAAUAUCCAAAGCAGUCAAAAACAAGAAGCGGCAAAGCAUUGUAAUUGCACUAUAGCAGACGUAGAGAAUACACUCGCGAAGUUUACAUGGGCUAAAGAAGCACAAAAGAAGAUAGAGAAGUUAAAAGAAGAAGGGAAACCAAUGCCAAAGAGCAUUGCUGAGGUGCAAAAGCUUGUGGGUUCAACCCCAUUGGAUCUUGCCAGGUCUAAUUUGGCUAAGAGUGGGCAAAUAAGUAGAAAUGCUCUAUGCCCUUGUGGUUCCAAGAAGAGAUACAAACGGUGCUGUGGAAAGGAUUAAAGGUGGAAAGGAUUGAAGGACUUUGAAAACUAAAAUUUUACAGCAAAAGGAACUGUGCUUCAAGUGUUGGAUAUGAGAGGUGCCACAGAGAAGCAACAUACAUUUGCUGACUUAAAUAAUUUCUCGUUGGAGCCCUUUGAUUUCAUUCAAUUUGUUAUAUAAACCUGCAGACCCUCAUAUUUGCUGUCAGGGAACAGAUGAUUGGAUGGGUUUUUUUUAACCGAAUUAGUUGCUUAUGUUAAUACAUUUUUGUAAGGGAAUCGGAAAUAUAUGUUUCGUGGAUAAAAACCUUAUUCUUCUCCUUUCUUUC